GGUCCUCCUCCAGGCUCCGCAGCGCUGUACUUGCGGCGUGCGGCUGAAGGGACAUGGCGGAUUUGGUGGCUCUUUUCACCUCAGUGGGGCUGAGUGAGCAGAAAGCUAAGGAGACAUUAAAAAAUGAAGGCCUUAGCUCAGCUCUCAGGGACGCCAUCGUGCAGGCUCGACAGCUGUUGGGGUCUAAGGACAUCGACAGAGCUAUGGGGACCCUGCUGUAUAGUAUGGCGUCUCGGCUGCGAGACAUCCGGCGUUUGGCCUUUUUGACAGAUCACAUAGUGAGGCGCAAGAUCACCACGGAUCUGCAGCUGUCAGCGGCCCUGGACUUUGUGAAGAGCCACCCGCAGGAUCCUCUGGACCAGCGUGCCUUUGAAAAUUCCUGUGGUGUGGGUGUGGUCGUCACACCCGAGCAGAUUGAGGAUGCGGUCGAGUUAAUCAUCAGAAAACACAAAGUGCAGCUGCUGGCAGAGAGAUACCGCUUCAACAUGGGGAUUCUGAUGGGUGAAGCAAGAACUGCCCUAAAAUGGGCUGAUGGGAAGAUUGUCAAGAAUGAAGUGGACAUGCAGGUGUUACAUCUGUUGGGUCCUAAAACGGAAGCAGAUCUGGAGAAAAAACCCAAGGCAGCUAAACCCAAAGCCCCAGAGAAAGAGAAGAAAGAGGAGCAGGCCAGUGUUGUGAAUGGGGAAGGUAAGAUGGACGGAAAGUCUCUAAUGGAGCAGCUGAGAGGAGAAGCUCUCAAGUUCCAUAAGCCAGGUGAGAAUUACAAGACAGAAGGUUAUGUUGUGACACCCAACACCAUGAACUUGCUGAAACAACACCUGGAGCUCACAGGUGGACAGGUCCGGACGCGGUUUCCUCCUGAACCAAACGGCAUCCUCCACAUAGGCCAUGCCAAGGCUAUUAACUUCAACUUUGGUUAUGCCAAGGCAAAUAAUGGAAUCUGCUUCCUCCGGUAUGAUGACACAAACCCAGAAAAAGAGGAGGAGAAGUACUUCACUGCCAUCAAGGAUAUGGUGGAAUGGCUUGGCUAUAAACCCUAUGCGAUCACCCACGCCUCCGACCACUUCCAGCUCCUUUAUGAACUUGCUGUGGAUCUCAUCCGCAGGGGUCACGCGUAUGUCUGCCACCAGCGUGGAGAGGAGCUGAAGGGCCAUAAUGUUCCGCCCUCACCCUGGAGAGACCGGCCGGUGGAAGAGUCUCUAGUGCUGUUUGAGAGGAUGAAGAAGGGCAUGUGCGCUGAGGGGGAAGCCACGCUCAGGAUGAAGCUGGUCAUGGAGGAUGGCAAGUUGGACCCUGUGGCCUACCGCAUCAAAUACACACCUCACCACAGAACCGGAGAUACCUGGUGUAUGUACCCCACAUAUGACUACACCCACUGCCUGUGUGACUCCAUUGAACACAUCACACACUCCCUCUGCACCAAAGAGUUCCAGGCCAGACGAUCAUCUUAUUUCUGGUUGUGUAAUGCUCUGGAUGUGUACUGCCCUGUGCAGUGGGAGUAUGGCAGACUCAACCUCACCUACACAGUCGUCUCCAAGAGGAAAAUCAUCAAACUAGUGGAGACGGGUGCUGUCAGAGACUGGGACGACCCACGUCUCUUCACUCUCACAGCUCUCAGGAGACGCGGCUUCCCUCCUCAGGCCAUCAACAACUUCUGUGCACGGGUGGGUGUAACUGUUGCCCAGACGACGAUGGAGCCCCACCUGUUGGAGGCAUGUGUGAGGGAGGUGCUUAAUGACACUGCUCCAAGAGUCAUGGCCGUUCUGGAACCUCUUAAAGUCACCAUCACCAAUCUGCCUGCUGAUGCCAAGACGGAGGUUCACAUUCCAGACUUCCCUGCUGAUGAAACCAAAGGCAGUCAUGUUGUUCCCUUCUCCAAAACCAUCUUCAUUGAGCAGAGUGACUUUAGAGAGGCAAUGGAGAAGGGCUAUAAACGUCUCACUCCUGAUCAGCCGGUAGGCCUGAGGCACGCAGGCUACAUCAUAUCUCUGCAGCGUGUCAUCAAGGAUGGCCGUGGCAAAGUGGUGGAGCUGGAGGUGACCUGCAGCAGCUCGGACUCUGCUGAAAAACCGAAAGCCUUCAUUCAUUGGGUCAGCCAGCCGCUGCAGUGCGAAGUGCGCCUCUACGAACGCCUUUUCGUCCAUAAAAACCCUGAGGACCCAGCUGAAGUGCCUGGUGGCUUCUUGAGUGACCUCAGCCCUAACUCCCUGCAACUAGUGGAAAGUGCCUUAGUAGACCGCUCAGUGAGCGAGGCCAAAGUGUUUGAUAAAUUCCAGUUUGAGAGAGUGGGUUAUUUCUCUGUGGACCCAGAUAGUACAGCAGAGAAGCUGGUUUUCAACAGGACUGUUACACUCAAGGAGGACCCUGGGAAGAUCUGAAAGACCAGAGGUCUGCAGCCAUUGAGCAAAGAGCAACAUCUUUGUGCAUGCUGACUGUCACUGUGCUAAAGGAGCAUACAGGGAAUGUACAAGCCUUUCAAUACUCGUUAGAAGGACUAAAGUUUUGUGGGAGCUCUUAUGGGCGGUGUUGGUUUUUACAUAUGCAAUAUUCUUUUCUUUUUUUUCUGUUUCUUCAGUCGGGUCACCUUUUGUGAACUUUUUCAUAUCGACAUCUCUGGGAAGCAAACAUUGAAAUAAACGAUAUUUAAGUACAAA